AUGUCAUGUCGCGGCAUUUCAGUGCAAUAUGUUAGUAGUAGUAGUGGUACUUAUAGUAGUAAUAGUGAUAGUAGUAGUGGUACUUAUAGUAGUAAUAGUGAUAGUAGUAGUAGUAGUAGUAGUAGUAGUAGUAGUAGUAGUAGUAGUAGUGGUAGUGGUAGUGGUAGUGGUAGUGGUAGUGGUAGUGGUAGUGGUGGCUUAACUGGAAUUAAAUUUCAGUUAGUCUGUGGAUGUUUUGUUCAUUUCAUGGCUGGUUUGUAUCCGAUGUUUCAUUUGUAA